GGCCAAGCAGUUGUCUUGGUUUCCAAAGCCCUCCUGUCGGUAACUUUUCAGACGGUGUUCUUUCUGAUUGUUUUAUUUGCAAAUAUAGUUGCCAUGUUCAUCAAGCUAUUUACGCUAAUGUUGGCCGUCAGCGGAGUCUGGAGUGCCGUCCUUCCCGAAAACCGGGUCGAAACGGCGGCCAGGACGACAGGUGAUUUGGCCACCGCCGAGACUUCAGCCAAGUUAUUUAAUCUUUUUGGAACUGGUACUGGUUAUCCUAACUACGGCUACAACUACAAUCGCCCGACCACCGGCUAUUAUCCCGGCUACAAUACGAACUACUAUGGAUCGUCGGGAUAUUAUCCAGGCUCGGGAUAUGGCUCGACCUACUAUCCGAGCUAUGGCACCAACACGUACUAUUCAACCCAGGGCUACAACUAUCCCACCAGCAGCUAUCCCACCACGAACAUCCUGGGCUCCCAAGGAGGAUAUGGCGGCUAUGGCGGUUACGGAGGCUAUGUGCGCACCACUUUUGGCUAAAAACAGUCAUGUGCGAAGACCGCCAAGAACUUAACCAAAUGUAACGCUCCGGCACGCAUCAAAAUCAACACACAACCAACACAAAAAGAUCGUAAAACUUAUAUGUAACCAUUUAUUAGCGAAGACAUAUCUCCAAAGACGAAAUAACCUCAGAGCCGGAAUAUUUGGAGAGCCACUUUAACUGCAACGACGCAGACCAAAUCUCUUCAAGUUUUUGCGGCCAAACAAAGUCUCUGCAUCUUGACUACUUUGUCUUAAAUUUUAAGUAAAGUAAAGUAAAGUCAUGUUUAUGAUUUCCCCCUUGGCAUCUGCAAGCUCGUAAAUGCAGUGAAGCAAACUUUUCGCUUGAAUUUUCCCUGGAAAAACGCCCCCAGUUCUUCCUUUGGCAGUAAAGCAUGAGCUGAGAGCAAUUUUUGAUAAGCUAAUAGAUUUCCCUUGUUAAAGAAAGCUAUAUUUUUCAACAAUUUAUUUGAGGUAAUAAGAAAAUUAAUUAAACCGAAGAAGCUAAGUUGAAAUACAAAACACUGAAAAUUUUUAAAAUUUAAAUGUUGUUUGUACGAUUU